AUGCAGGAAGAAAAAAGCGUGAAAACUGAACUGAGCGUUAAACCUCAUACUUCAAGAAGUGCAAAAACGUCAAAACCCAAGAAAUCAAUAUUUAUAAAUAAGCGCGCUGUUGUAUGCGAGGAUAUCGUUUUGGAGGGAGAGAUUCGUAUAGGUGAAGGUACAGUUUUGCAUCCACAGUGCAAAAUUCUGGCCGAGCAGGGUCCUAUUGUCAUCGGUCAGAACAACAUCAUUGAAGAGAAAGUGACCAUAGUAAAUCGACAGCAGAAACCUUUGCUUAUUGGCGAUGAAAACGUGUUUGAAGUUGGAUCAUAUAUUGAAGGAACCAAAAUUGGCAAUAAAAAUAUAAUAGAAGCUAAAGCACGGAUAAUGGGAACUACGUCUCUAGGAAAUAAUUGUGUCAUUGGAGCUGUUUGUUCAACGAGAAACGAUGAAAAUAUUCCGGAUAAUACGGUGAUCUACGGGGAUUAUCAUAAUCGUAGAACUCAGACAAAUGGUUCUAACGCUAGCGUACAUACACGACAUUUGGACUAUCUACGCGAGGUGUUACCAAAAUGCAAUUAUAUCAAGGUUAGUGAAAAACCUAAAGAUCGAGGCUCCGCGCGUGAACCUUCAUCAGGUCACCGUGAAGCCCGCUCUGUUAAAAAAAUACACUCAUAA